GCAGUUAGCAAGUAGACAUUCAGUCUCGGUUUAGCGCUUGAACAGUAUAGACGUGAAUUUUUUUUUCACUCACAAAAAAUAAGGACCGAAUUUUAAUUUAAUGACAGAAAAUUUAGAUAGACAAACUAGCUGGAGAGAGAGAAAAAAGCAUAAAAAAAUUUUUUUUUUUAAAUUGCAUUCUCUCUUUUUUUUGAGAACCGGAAGUUUAAAUAGCUUUUUUUAAAAAAAAGCUCCCUCUAUCUUUCUCUUGAAAAAGCACACGAGGUCGGAGAACCGCGAGUGAUUUAGAUUCGUCGAGAGACUUUUAUUAUAAAAAAUAAAUAAAUAAAGGUGGGGGUAAGUUCCCCAGGGAAUAAUUUUUGGUGUGUAUGUGUGUGUUUAUGUGUGUAUGUGCGCGCGCGUUCUAUUCUGUAAGCGUCGCGACGCCCUAAACAAAAUUCUCGUCCCUGAACAAAGGGUUUCUCUACCCUUGUUGACUGCUUUCCUUUUUUUUUUUUUUUGUGAAACUUUGCCAUUAAUCAAUAAUUAUUUUUUUUUUGGAAAAAAUUUGUUUUUGUAAAUUUAAAUAAAAAAAAGUGUAACGAAUUUUGCAACUUUGAUGAUUGUGUGGAAAAUUAAAAAAAAGAAAAAGAAAUUUAUCAUCUAUUGCAGAAAUUAAGAAAAAUAAUUUUUAAAAAAAGGAUCCAAAGCGAUUGUAUAAUAUGAGAGGAUGAGUUGCUCGGUGAAGAUCUCGAGCGCGAGGAGCUGGAGUGGAUCGCAAAGAAAAAUUAAUUCGGUGGCUGAGGAGACAACAACAACAACAACACAUCCUGUGAGUCCUGGAUCAGGAAAUAUUGGAACAACUUUGGCGGGAGGACAAAAGGUCAUUUCACCACGACCGGUCAAGUCCAUAGCAGUGAAAAAGGGCGAGGACACGAGUAAGCUACUCAAAUAUAUCGAUGACAAUGUUAUCGGCAAGAAUGGAAUCUUCUUUGGACCAUUUGGACGCAGAAAAGUCGUUUACUGCGAUUACACAGCAUCCGGAAGGUCGUUGCAAUUUCUGGAGGAGUAUAUUACAAAAGAGGUCCUUCCAUUGUUGGGGGACACUCGAACAUCAACUUCGAUAUGCAGUUUACAGUCCUCACUAUUCAGGCACGAGGCCAGAGACAUAGUUCGGCAUGCUGUCGGGGCCGGUGAGCAGGAUGCUGUCCUUUUCACGGGUCAAGGUACUGCAGGUGCAUUGCGCACACUUUUACGCCAUCUUGAUCUCACAACACCCACUGUCGUCUUCGUUGGACCCUUUGAACAUCAUGGCAAUUUAAGGCCCUGGCGAGAAUAUGGUGUUAAGAUAAUUCGAAUUAAAGAGACAAGAGAGGGUUUUUUGGACCUCAAUGAUUUGGAGAGGAAAUUGGAGUCAGAGAAAAAGGAUAAUUCAACGGCACGAAUGAUUGGUUACUUUAGUGCUGCAAGUUGCAUAACAGGUGUUCUUGCUGAUGACGUUGCAACGACUUUACUUCUUCGUCAGCAUAAAGCACUUAGCAUUUGGGAUUACACUUCAGCUGCUCCAAACGUACGAAUGGAAAUGAAUCCUCAUCUCCCCGGGGUAGGUGAGACGGCCGUGCAUAAGGAUGCGAUUAUUUUUGCUGGCCAUAAAUUUAUUGGAGGUGUACAAUCGCCUGGAGUUCUCAUAGUAAAACGAUCACUCUUAAGGGAGGAAUUUGAACAUGAAGAUAUGCGCGAUUCACAUCGAUAUCUUCAUGAUCCAGAAUUACGUGAAGAAAGUGGAACUGCCGGUGUUGUUGGGGCAAUUCGUUGUGGUCUCGCUAUGCAACUCAAGGAAAAUGUCACUCCUCAAGCAAUUGCUGCAAGACAAGAUAAAAUCUCCAGACAAGUUUUGGCUCACGUGAGAACGAUUCCAGAACUAAUAUUACUUGGCAGCACGUCACAAAACGUAAAAAGAUUGCCCAUUUUUUCAUUCAUGGUCCGACAUCCACGUGGUACAUUUCUUCAUCAUAAUUUUGUUUGUGCCGUUUUAAAUGAUGUUUUUGGGGUGCAAGCACGUGGUGGAUGCGCUUGCGCGGGUCGAUAUGCUCACGACCUCAUGGGAAUAGAUGAAAAACUUGCCAAGGAAUAUGAAGCCGUUCUUGAAAGUGGUGGUGAUGACGUCAAAGAAGAAUCGAACGCCGAAGCUCUUCGACCUGGUUUCGCUCGUUUAUCCUUUCCUUAUUUCAUGUCCGAGGCGGAAGUUGCAUUUGUCCUUGAGGCCUUAAAAAUGGUUGCCACUGAAGGUUGGAAAUUAUUACCUCAAUAUGUUCUUAAUCCUGAUACUGGUGAAUGGAGACAUCAUACAAAUAGUGUUUUUAAAGAGAGAAAAUGGCUUGGCGCCAUAAGAUACACAGAUGGAAAAAUGAAUGCAACCGAGAGACGUGUCUCUGGUUCAGGUGUAUUUCCUCAGAGUCAUAGCGAUUGCUUGCAGACUGCUAGAAAUAUUUUCAAUAAGGCAAGAAAAAUGGCUCAAAGAUAUCCAUUACAAAUUGAUCAUUCAGUAAUUUUUAAUGAAAAAGCCGAGAGUCUUCGUUGGUUUAUAUUGCCAAAUGAGGCGCAGGAUCUUCUUCUUGGAAAUUCACAAAAUGUCAAACAACACGUACCUUUCGAUCCAACAUUUUACAAACUCGCUGGUCAUGCAUUUUUUGAUACGACGCCAAUUUCAUCAGCCCCCUCGUACGUAUCGAAUGUAUUCGCAAUGAGAAGAUUGAAUAGCGAUGUACCACGUUCGGGAAAUCCACCAGUGUCACCAAUUUCAUUGAGGCAUCGAAGUCUACCGGCAUUGCCAAGCGAUGGAAAAAAUGGCAAAUAUAAACUUCGAAUAAAUGAUGUUGACGAUGAUGAUGUAUUAUUAUCUUCGAAAAGUGGACAAAAAUCACCGGCCACAUGUCCGGGUUCACCAAUGCCAAGUGUGAGAUUCGCCGUUGGUGAAGUUGUUUCAUCAGGAGCUGUUGGAAUGUUAGGAACAACACCAACAGUCGCUAGAUUAAUAGCAAGUGAGCAAAAUUUAGGUAGCGAUACGACAUAUGUCGCAAGAACAAGAUGCAAUUCCCUGGGCAGUAGUAGUGGAUGUCGAUCAACGUCAGGUGGUAAAACAUCACCUGUACCAAUACCCCUGAGUCCACAAACAUUGGCAAGUUUAGGAAUUGCGAAUAAUACAAUUUCACAAUCGAGAUUUCGUCAUUGUAGCUGUAGUAGUCAAACUGAUUUGAAUAAUGGAUCAUUUGAUUCGGACGCUGCUGGUUCACCAAAUAGAUCAUCAUCAUCUCUUGGUCAUGUGCCAAUUUAUUCAUGUUCGUCAUCAAUUGAUUCAAAUGUCAUUAAUGCAUCGUCACGUCAUGGUCGAUCAUCACCUGUACCAUCGAAUGUUAGUCAAAGUUCAGAGGAUGAUCUUCGUGCUUAUCUUAAGGAAGUGACUAAGGAACUUGCCACUGAAAUUAAAUCCGAAAUACGUGAAGUCAUCUCAAAAGUUGAUGAUGUUCUCUCUGAAACUAAUACUUGCGAGACAACGCCACAACAUCAAUCGAAACAACAACAUCAACAACAUGAUUCAUUUUCAGCUAGCGAUAUUGCUGAAUAUUUAAUGGAAUUUUCAAAGGAGAUGGCCAGCGAAGUCAAAUCAGAAAUUAGAUGUAUGGUCAAUUCUGUCGAUGGACUUCAUAGGUACUCACCAGACGAUAGAUCAUCAUCCGAAUGUGCAUCUCCAGCUGAAAGAAGACGAAUUGUUUUGCCCACAUCGACGCGUCCUCGAACACCGGUAAUUUUGGGAAAACUUGGCGAACUCAGUCAACAGGAUAGUAAAAUGUCCAGUGAAUGUUCAUCCGACGAGACUGUGAUAUAUGUUGUAAAAUCAAAUACUGGCGAUGGUGAGAAAAAUACCGACGAAGAUGACAUCGAUGAUGACGACGUUGAUCAUGAGGAACACAAUGAACCUGAAAAAGCAUUACCCAAAAUCUAUUCAGCAGUGAAUUCGGUCAGUUCACAGGACAGUGGAAUAAAUCUUUCAUUUCAUGAGAACGAUAAAUCAGGUGAAUCACCGGAAAUUGGUCGUAGCAGUAGCGCUGAAUCAAAUUCCAAUGGUUAUUCAAGAAGACCACCACCACGUCUUACAAUCAAUACGGGAAUAAAUUUCACUAAACAAGUUCGAUUAACAAAUGAUGAUCUCUCUGAAGAUGAAGAGGCAUUUCUUCUUUCAGAAAGUUCAGGUCAAGAAGGUGAGGAUGAUUCAAAAACUGAAAAUGGAAUCAAUACAGUGCAAUCAUUGUGGCAUUGUUCACCGAAAAAUGUUUGGAAACCAGUUGUUGCAGCAAUGCAAGAAUUUGAAAUGAUCAAGGACAACGAUAGAGUUCUUGUUUGUUUAUCAUUGGGUGGACGUAAUUCAUUGGCGCUUGUUCAUACUCUUCAUCAAUAUCAAUUUUAUGUACGUUCAAAGGGAAUUGAUUUUGAAAUUGGCGUUGCCGCUGUUGAUGAUACAAGAUACGAUCCACUUGAAUCAAUGUCCUAUCUUAAGGCAUUGGAUGUACCCUAUUUUUAUGAGGAAAUAAUAAAUUCCAAUACUAGUCAGGAGAAUAAUGAUGACGAUGAUUCUAUAUCAAAUGGACCCUGUAAUUUUUGUGAUAGGUCAACACGUGGAAAACUCUAUUCAGUUGCAAAGAAACAUAAUUACAAUGUUCUUGCACUUGGACAAAAUUUAGAUGAUUUAACUGAAGGUUUUCUUGCCACUGUUUUUCAUAGUGGUAAAUUAAGAACAAUGAAAGCUCAUUACAAUAUUCGCGAGCAAGAAUUAAGAGUUAUUAGACCAUUUGUUUAUGUCAGCGAUAAAGCGUUGAGACAAUUUUUCGAAAGCAAAAAACUUCCCCUUUUUCGUGAAGCUGGUAAUGAAGAUGCACUUCAGAAACGACAACGAAAUGAGGAACUGAUCACACGUCAUGAGCAAUCUUAUCCACGUUUAUAUUGGUCCCUACGAUCUGCGUUGAGACCAUUGAUAGCGGCUAGAGUUCAAAGUAGCGAUAAUCAACAACAAAUUAAUCAGGAAAAAAAACGACAACAAUUCAGAAGAACUAGAACAAAUUCUUUUAAUUCUUCACCAAUAGUUAAUACAUCAAGAAGAUCUGAGGAUAGCGAGGAAACUGACGAAGAACCCAUUGUUUGAGAAUAAUUAUCAUCAUCUUCAAAAAAAAAAAAAAUCAAUGGAAAUUCUACCGGUAAAUUUAUUCUUUAUGAUAAAUUCAUUGAAGAAAAUAAUUUUUCUCAUAUUUCUUUUUAAUAGUUAAUUCUUCAGAAUUAAUAUCAGAAUAUUGAAAAAUUAAUAAUUCAUUUCAAAAUAAACUAGAGUUCGAAAAAUAAUUCUUUUUAGAAAAAAGACUCUUAUAGAAAAUAUUAAAAAAAGAAACAAUUUUUUGUUUUUGAAUUUCUUUUGAAGAAUUAAAUUUUCAAAAAAAAACUUUAAAAACCAAAAGGGAUUUAGAGAAACAAAUUUUUUAGAUUAAUUUUGAGAAUUAGAUUCUUUCAAGAAGAUAAUUUCAAAAAUUGAUAUUUGAUUUAAUUUUUGCCAAAUGGCUGAGAAAAUUGACAAUACUUAUUUCAUUUGAAAAAUGAAAAAAAAAAAAAUGCGAGGCACGCACAAACGCUCUCUCGAUACUCGCUUCACGCAUAAAAUAUAAAUAUAUUUUGAACUCGUCGUCGUUGUCCUCGCUACAUUCCGCUCGUUUUGAGUUGAAAAAGUGAAGCCAUCAUAAAUUUUUUUAUAUAGAAGUACUUAAUUCACUCAUUAUUAUUAUUACUUCACUAAUUCAUUUGAUAAUAAAUAAUAAUCUUCAUUUUUUUUACGACUGAGUAAAAUUUGACCAGUGUCUUUUACAUUAAAAAUUAGUAAAAAAAAAAAAAAAAUUAUUGUGAUAAACUUUUACUAUUGAAGUGAUAUUAAUUUUUCUUAUUCGCAUUGUUCUUUUUUUUAUAAUUUUAUAAUCUAUUAAUGUUAAUGGGUUUGGGAAAUUUAAAAUAUGAUAAAUAGAUAUCUAUAAAUUCUUUAUAUAUAUGAAAAGAAAAUUAAUUUUGGCGAAAUUGAUGGCACAUGAAUAACUUGUUCUAGAUCAUUUUUUUGUCGUCGUUUUUUUUUUUAAGACGAAUCCUCAUUCCAUUGACUCAUCUCUUUUUUUUUGGUUCGUUUAAAACAGACUGAGACACUUGAGGGUUCACCUGACUGAGAUGUUGUAUACUCAGAGGAUAGUUUUUUUUUUAAAGUAAUUUAUAUCGAAAAAUUUUCAAAGAAAUAUUUUUUAUGUCUUUUAUUUUAAAUUUUCAAGUAAAGAAAACUUUUUUUCUCUACAAAAAUAUUAUUUUUUUCCAAACUUUGUUUUUGAGUGUACAACAAGUAGAACUUAUUAAUUGUUUAUAGAGUGUGACAGGGAGUGUCGAUUGUAGCAAAAACUCGGCAAAAAAAAAAAAAAUUGGUCCAUUUUGAGAAUACGUGACCAAAUAAAACAACACAAAUUUACAACUAUAUAUAUAUAUGCUUUCUAUACACUGCCGAUUUUACGGUAGACAAAGACACUUUCUUUUUCUUGUAUAAUUUCAAAAAAAAAAAAAAAACAAAACAAAACCCAAAAAAGAAACAAACAAGUGAUCUUUUUUUUCAUAAAUUCCAAAUUGCGAUACGUGUUCGAUAUUUUCCAAAGAGAUUCGAUAUUUUUAUACUCUGAAAUAGCAAAACAAAAAAAAAAAAAAAACGAAACAGAGUUUUUACGGGGGAGGAUUUUCUCAAUUUUUCUUUUUGGAAUAGAAAUAAAAUUUUGUACAUAUAUGUAAAUGAUUUAUUAUUAUAUAGAUUCGAUAAAGAGAUCAAUUGUGAAAUUUCUCAUCCCCCAUUCAUGAUAAAAAAAAAAGAAAUGUGUAAGAGGAAAAUUUUUUGACUUUGCAAUAUUGUUGCACUGCCAUAAUACCAAAAAAAAAAAAAAAAAAAAAAUGUCUUAAAACACUGGACAAAUCGGAAAAUUUUUUCUGAAAUUCUUAUCUUUUUUAUAUAUCUAACGAUUAUUUCUCCUUGUGAUCAUGGAAUAAUCGAACACGUUAGCAUAUUUUAUAUCACAAAAAAAAUGUAUGUUUGUAAGUAUGAUGUCAAAUUUUGUAUAUUUAUCUAUACAUAUAUAUAUAUUACACACUCAUGACGUUUACUCGAAAAUACACCAAAAUUUUUGUAAUGAGUUUCGCUCCCCUUCUUUAAAAAAAAAAUAGAGGAAACUUUUCAAAAAUCUCGGGUUAAAAUUACCCAAAGGAGAAGAAAAAAAAACCGAGGUUGACAAAAAAAAUGUCCAGUAACGUUACUUUUCUUGUAUAUAUAAAAAAAAAUUUGUUAAUAGAAAAGUAUCGUUUAUUUUGUCUGGACAAUAAAAAAAAAAAACAAAAAAAAAAAAAACAAAAAGAAAACUAAACUUUGCUCAGAAGUCUCUGUAUCUAGGAAAAAAUUUUUUUUUUGUAGAUUGUAGAAUUAAUUAUAUAGAUGGUUAAAAAAAAAUUUCCUGCUCUUUGUGCAAAUUUUGUCAGGAUAUUAUAGUUACGUCAAAGAACAUGUAUACUAGCUUGCCAUCAAUGUUGCAUGUCUGUUGAAAAAAAAAAUAUAUAUAUAUAUAUAUAUAUAUAAGAAA